AUGUCACCAUACCAGGCUUUAUACGGCAUGCCUCCCCCAACCGUCCACACCUACAUGCCAGGUACAACUGCAAUUCACAGGGUCAACAAGUCCUUACAAGACCGUGACACCCUUCUCCGCCUCUUGCGUACCAACCUCCAACUUGCCCAGAACCGUAUGAAGCAAACUUACGACAAAGGCCGUACAGAGAGAGUAUUCGAGGUGGGUGACUGGGUCUACCUCAAAGUUCAACCGUAUCGCCAACAAUCCGUCACUACUCGACAUUUCAACAAGAAAUUUUAUGGGCCGUUCCAAGUGAAGGCUCGUAUCGGUUCCGUCGCAUAUCAUCUCAUCUUCCUUCCUGAUUCCAAAAUACAUCAUGUCUUCCAUGUCUCCCUGCUCAAGAAAAAGAUAGGGGAUGAUAUUUUUCCAAACCCAACUCUCCCACCUAUCGACUCCACAGGGUCUUUGCAUUGGCAACCAGAGAAAAUUUUGGAUCGUGGUAUGUUCAAACAUAAAAACGCUGCAGUCACUAAAUGGCUUAUUCAAUGGACAGGUCUACCAGACGAAAAUGCCACCUGGGAGAUUGCAGAUGAAAUCUUUGCCCGUUACCCAGACUUUAGGACCUGA